CCUGCAGCGAGCAAUGGGCCCAAGUACACAGGUACCUCCCGACUUUUAAUAGAAUCGCGUCUAGAGAGAGCAUUCACGCGUAUAGAGAGCUACUUAUAUCAUACCUCCACUGAUACAAGAACCUCAUCCACUUACAUUGGUAAACUUGUCUCUCAUUUGUGUGUUUUGGACCGACCGCUAACAAGCACAAAUUCAUCGAGCUCUCAUUCUCAGGGCUUUCACACAGUUAGCUAGCGUCUGCAGUCAAGGAAUUGCGCUUGGAGAUCUUACACACCAUGCCCUACAACACUACGGCAAUUCCUCCAAGAAAGGAGGUCACUGGCCAAGCCCAGCUUCCAUUAUCCAGAGUGAAGAAGAUCAUUGCUCAAGAUCAGGACAUCAACAUUUGCUCCAACAAUGCCGCAUUUGUGAUCACAUUAGCCACUGAAAUGUUCAUUCAAUACCUCGCGAGUGAGGGGCUAAACAUGGCCAAACUAGAGCGCAAGCCCAGACGAAAUAUCCAAUACAAAGAUCUAGCAAACGCAGUAUCUCACCAAGAUAAUCUGCAAUUCCUCGAGGACAUCAUACCCAAGACAGUGCCCUACAAGCAGAUCAAAGCGCACGCGGCCGCGACGCGCGCGAAUCUCAGCGGGGGGAAAAAGCCAGAGGAGUCGGGCGCAGGCCACGAGGACUCGCGGCCCACGGCGUCGCGUCAGACGAACGGUAAGAAGCAGAAGGGGCGGGCGAGCAACGCUGGAGCAGGGAACAGCAGCAUUGCGAGCUUUAUGGGGGCCAGCGGGGCUCGUAUCGUCAGCGAGGACGAUGCCUCGCUGGAUCCGAACGAGCAGUUGCAGGAUGAGAUCAGACGGGCGGCGAAUAGGGAUGAUGACGAUGUCCAUAUGGCUGACUAAGAGACAGCUGGAUGGGAGGAAUGCUGGGAGGAAUGCUGGGAGGAAGACUGGUGGUAUUGAAAAGCUCCCCGCUAAGAGCGAGGCCAGGACAGGGUGAAAGUGCCAGAGCAUGAACGUGGAAUGAGACACCGUUGUUAGAGUGUGGUAGUCGUGGCUACCUGAUUGAAAUACUUCGAGCGUUUAUAGCAACAAAUCACAUAUUUCACAAGAAAAUUGCAAUUCAAUCACAG